GUGGGAGGAUAAGGGGGAGGGCUCCGGGAGGGAUCGAGGGCCCCCCGCCCCUUCUUCGGGCACUCUGCCCCUCACUUCCUGUUUCCGCUACUCCUCUCAUCCCUCCCCCCCUCCCCAAAUUCCUGUGGCUGAGCUCAGUCCGCUGUCUCGGUGGCAGACGAGUCGGUGGUGCAGUGACUUUUGCAGACAUGGCUGUGUAUUUUGGAGAUGUCAUGUGGGAAAGCUACCGGAACCUCAUCUCCUUGGGAUUUCCAAUCCCCAAACCAGAACUGAUCACUCCUCUAGAGCAAGGGGCUGAGCCAUGGGGUGCAGAAUCUCAGGAGCCUGAAGAAAGGGGGGUCCCAAAAGAUCCCUACCCAGGCAUGAGGACCAAGGAAGAAGAAGAGGCAGAAUCAGUGCCUGACCCUCCCCCUACUUUGGAGGGUUCCCCGCCACCAGCUACAGCCUGCGGCCCAGCCCUACCCCCACCCCCAGCAUCCCCACCCCCACCCCCAAAGCCCUUUUCCUGCCCUGAAUGUGGUUCCUGCUUCUCUCGACGCUCCCACCUCUCUCGCCAUAGGCUGAUCCACUCUGGCGAGCGCCCCUUCCCUUGCCCUGAAUGUGGCAAGUGCUUUGCCCAGGGUGCCCACUUGGCCUUGCAUCUGCGUUCCCACACAGGCGACCGACCAUAUUCUUGCAGUCAGUGUGGCCGAAGCUUUCGCCAUGGCUCCCACCUAGCCCGACACCGCCGUACACAUCUGCCUGAGCCCCCCUACCGAUGUGGCCAAUGUGGCAAAGGUUUCUCCCAGAGUUCUGGGCUCCUGCAACAUGCCACUGUCCACACAGGCGAGCGUCCCUAUAUAUGUGCUGUUUGUGGCCGAGGCUUUGGCCGCCACCCCAGCCUCAUCCGCCACCAGAAGUCCCAUUCGGGUGAACGCCCCUUCCCCUGUCCUGAAUGCGGCAAGCGCUUCACUCAGAGCGCCAACCUUGCCCGCCACCUUCGGACACACACUGGAGAGACGCCAUACCUGUGUGGGGAAUGUGGGCGUGGCUUUAGCCAGCACCCUCGCCUCGUGGCACACCGAAAAGCCCACCACACAGGACCCCCGCCCCCACCUCCUCCUGUUCACUCCUGUGCUGAUUGUGGUCUGCUGUUCCCUCAGGCUCUGGCACUGGCCCGUCACCGGGCAGCCCAGCAUGGUGGUGAGAAGCCAUUCCGCUGCACUCAAUGUGGGGAGGGUUUCGGCCACCGUUCCAACCUUCGGCGCCACCAGCGUGGCCAUGGUGGGGAGCGACCAUACCGCUGCAGUCAGUGUGGCAAAGGCUUUGGUCAGAGCUCAGGGCUGGUCCAGCACCAGCGUGUUCACACUGGUGAGAAGCCCUUCCGCUGCCCAGACUGUGGGCGUGGAUUCCGCUAUAGCUCCAACCUAGCACAACAUUACCGUGGCCACACUGGGGACCGCCCCUUCCGAUGUGAGCACUGUGGCCGUGGCUUUACCCGUAGUUCUCACCUGCUACGGCACCGUGCCACACAUGGUGGGGAGGAUGGAGAUGAGGACUGUGGGCCUGGAGGGGUCUCUGUGCUGACAAUUCAGGCAACUUGCCUAAGCCAGGAAUCCCCCAACGAAUCUGGAGAGACUGCCCAAGUGACUGAACCCCUAUCUCAACCAGAGUGAUCUAUUUAUUCCCUGUGGUUGGAGCAACCGAGUCUGGCUCCAGCCCUAUCUUUGGCCAGUGACUCCCAAAGCAACCACUUUCUUGUGGUCCAAACCCAUGCCAAGAGUGAGAGCCCCUAAGUGUCCUCCUUGUGUCUCUGGCCUGGAGGGGGUGAGGUUCCCUGUGCCUAAGGAAGAGUAUUCCCCAAAGGAGAGUAAGCUCCCUGUUCUUAUUGGGAAGAGAAGAGUUCUUCCUCUUUAUCUUUCUCUAAGGGGCUUCAUGAGGCUAUUUCCAGGAAUAGCUGGGAAUCACUGGUCUAUGCAGGAGACCUUGAGGAAGAUAAACAGAAUCGCUGUGAUAAUCCCUACCUGGGAUACAGAGAAACCACACUAACGCCUCUAGAAGUUGCACUUGGUCCUUAAUUAACCACCAUCCCUAUAAUUCUUUGUCUGACCUCAUGAUAUCUUGGAGGCCACCUGGGGUCCUCUCUCCUUUGAGUACCAAAGAGCUAUCACCAACUUCCUCUGACAGUGUGCUCUCCCUUCACCCUAGGGGUGACUAAACACUGCUUAUAGGACUCCCCAAGGGUCCUAACACUCCUUGUCACACUUGAAGCCAAGAAUACAGGCAAGCCAGGCUUUCCCCUUCCAGUUACAUUCCCUUGCAUUUCCUAACUUUCUAUAGAAAUCGUGUGAUUUCUGUGCUGUAGGUGCUCUCUCCAGUGAUGUAGCUCAGAGAUUAGCCUUGCCUAUGGGAAUUCUUGUUACUGUGGCCAAAAAAAAAAGCAUCACCUGGUUGCCAACGUUUAGAUAAUGAACCCCUCAAACUUUAUUGGGUUCCUUCUGGUGUAACAGACUCAGUGGCUCGUUAGGCUGCACUUUUGAAAGCUUUUUCAGUUUGGUAAGACCUGCCAAAGUUUAAACGGAUUGCUCCUGUAGCAAAACCUUCAAGAGGUCAGCCUCACCUCCACACCAAAAUAAGACAUCAGAAUUCCCUUGGAUUGAAGCCCAAGAAUGAGGGGAGAUGUAACUAGGGAAAUCAGGAACAUGACAAAAGUGCAAUUGUAGGGUCAGGUAGAAAGAAACUAAGAGAAGUUUGAGAGGGAGCAAGGGAACUUGGGGAGAGAUUAGGAGACAGAAAUAAGAGAAUGAGGUGGGGGGAGGGGUGUCACAAAGUCAUAAUUUCACCACACCUGUAUUGUGCUUUAUGAUCGAAAAAUGUUUCACAUCAUUUUAUUUUAUUCCCACCACCCUGUGAGGUAGAUAGGGUAGAUAGUAUCAUUCUCGUUUUUAGAGAUGGGGGAAACCAAGGGCCUUGAGAGAGGAAGGGACAUGCUCACAUACCCACCAAAAGGCAAAACCAGGACCAGACCCUGACCUUCUGAUCUGAGUCCAAUGUAUGUCCCACUGUGCCUCUAAGGUACUAGUUGGCCUAGUCUCCCUCAUCAGAGAGCUUCUAGUCUAUUUGAGGAAAUGGGACACAUCUAGAAAAAAAAAAGCACUGUAUCUAUGAAGCCAAACAGUAUGUAGUGAGGCCUCUUAUUUACAUUCAUGAAAUGUGUAUUUCCUUACCACCUACACUUUCCCCUUAGGUUGCUAAGGUGCUAAAUACCUACCACAAGCACUACAUUUCCUACCCUUUGCAAGAAAGAGACCCUGUAUGAAAAGCAGCCCAUGGUUCCCAUAAGUUUCCAGUGAGGGACAUGCAUCUCUCAUACAGAUAGGUUGCAGUCAAGAAAACUGAAUCUAGUGCCAAAGCUGACACCAAAGGAGGGAAUUAUUCUCAUCUGUCCUUGGAGAAGGCACUAUGGGUUGACUAAGAUAAGGAAGGUCUAUACUUGCAAUAUCCUUUAUUCUUAUUGUUAAUAUUAAAGUAUAAAUAGUUAUUUUAGCUAAUUUAUUAACUUUCCUCAGUGUAACUUUUGGGCUGUUACAGUAAACACUCA